AUGCCAAAGCUGUCCUGUAGUUCGCAUGUUAAGAGUUCUGCCACUGGUAACUGCCUGUCUCUGUUGCUGCCUCCCGAAGACGAUGAAGGAAAUGUCGAGUACAAGUUGAAGCUCAUUAAUCCAUCUCCGUCGAGGUUUCAACAUCUGGUUACGCAGUUGAAAUGGCGACUUCGCGAGGGUCAGGGCGAGGCGAUAUACGAAAUUGGUGUCGAAGACAACGGCACUUGUACCGGUUUGACAGCCACCGAUCUUGCCAUGUCGUUAUCAACACUUAAAAGAAUGGCGAGCGAGGAGAGGGAAAUUACAGAUAAGAAGAUUACUCGCAAAGUCGUCGAGUUGCUGAUCAGAAAGGUUCCUGAAUGUCAGCAAUUCAUCGAUCUCAGGAUCGCGGUCCUCGGAUGUGCAGACUCCGGCAAGUCUACGCUGUUAGGUGUACUGACCGAAGGAGAGAUGGACAAUGGUCGAGGAAAGUCUAGGCUAAAUUUAUUUCGACACCUUCACGAAAUUCAGACCGGUCGAACGUCUUCAGUGGGUUUGGGCAUCGUUGGCUUUGACGCCGAUGGACAGAUCCUCAACCACAGAUUUUAUUCUGACGAUGAAAUUUGCGAUUUGUCGCAUAAGUUGAUCACUUUUAUCGAUUUGGCUGGCCAUCAAAAGUAUAUGAAAACCACUAUCUUUGGAUUGUCUGGUUACAAUCCGCAUUUCCUUAUGCUAGUGGUAGAUGCCCUUGUAGGACUAGGUAGCACAACGCGGGAUCAUCUAGCAUGGUCGUUUGCGUUAGACCUUCCUGUUUUUGUCGUCGUGUCAAAAAUUGACGUCACCUCAAAUGCGGUUGUUUUACGUACCAUAAAUUCGUUAGAAAGUGUAUUAAAAGCUGCCCCAUACAACAAACUGCCGUUUCUCAUUCGUUCAAAAGAUGACGCCAUCGCCGUCGCAUCAUCGCUACAGAAUCAAAGAGUCGUCCCGAUCUUCACGAUUUCUAGCGUUACGGGUGAACAUUUUGAUUACUUGGAAAGAUUUCUGAACCUUUUGUCUCCAUAUUCUUCUCGUGAAGACCUUCGGCUUCACAUGCAAGAAGACUGCGAGUUUCACAUUGAUGAAAUAUACAACGUGUCAGAUGUUGGAACCGUAUUGUGUGGCUUGCUGUCCAAAGGCAUCAUCAGAGAAGGCGAUAGGCUUAUGCUUGGUCCUAGCCAGUCAGGUGAAUUUCAGCCUGUUAUCGCAGAAAGUCUCCAUAGAGUAAGGACUCCAUGUCGCCACAUUCAAGCUGGCCAGUACGCGUCGAUUGCCAUCGGAGACGUCAGCGGUUGUAAUCUACGUAAAGGAAUGGUUCUGCUUAGCCCCUCAGUCUGCCCCGUUGCGUCUCAGAUGUUCACCGCCGAGGUGUACGUAUUGUUCCACACAUCGAAGUACAUUGGUGAAAAAUUCCAGGCGACCGUUCAUGUAUGCAACGUAUGCCAAACGGUGAUCGUCACUCGCAUACACACCAAGAACCGGCUUUUGAAGGUCGGCGAAAGGGCCGUUAUCAGUUGCAUGUUCCUUCGACAGCCGGAAUACAUAACGACUGGAAGCCGUCUGCUAUUCCAUGAAGGAAGGACAAAGGGCAUCGGCGAGGUGAUCGAAACUUAUCCCUAA